AUGAAAUUACCAUCAUUAUCAAUCAUUGCCCCAAUAAUAACUCUAGGGUUUUCUCCACUAGCCUUAUGUCUACAAUCAUCAUCAGAAACGAUCACUUCAACAAUACAUUCAUUUGAUGAUCAAGAUCCUGAUUAUUCUAAAUAUAAUUAUUUAUUAGACCAAUUUACAUCAUUAUUCACCACUGAAGAACAAAAGGAAAAUACAGAUGGAGUGAAUCAAUAUAUAAAAAUUAAACGUGAUGAAAAUACUGUGAAUUCAAUUUCUUCUUUAUUACAAUCAGUUGAACAAUCAGGUAUAAUUCCUGAUAUUGUAUCAGAUAUUACAUCAUCACAAACAAAAAUGGAUAAUUUAGCAAAUUAUACUGUGAGUUUACUUUCCACCAUUAUGAGUGGUAAUCAAUCUUCUUCUUCAUCAUCAUCAUCAUUAUUAUUAUCUGGAAUAAAUAUUGAUUUAAAUACAACUGAAAUUUUAAAUGCAGUUUUAAGUUCUGGUUUAAUUCAAUCAGUAGCUAGUGGAUUAUUAUUAGAUAAUGCCAAUAAUGCUAAAUUGGCUGAUUUAGUUGGAGGAAUUUUAGGUUCUCCUGAUAAUGUAUGGAUUGGUUGGUUAUUAGCUGGAUUAGGAAAUGGUGAAGAUUUGACUAUUCCUUAUAUUGCUAAUUUAGUAGUUAAUACAACUAGUAAAGCCAAUACUAAUUCAACUAAUCAAUCAAAAAUUGGUAACAAUAAAAAUCAAGUGGAAGAUGUGAUAAUUAAUAAAGAUUCUACAAAUCAAGAAGAUGAUGAAUAUUCUGGUUCUUUAAAUGAAUUUCUUAAUAAUAUUGCCAUUAAACGUGAUGAUAAUCAAUAUUCUGGUUCAUUGAAUCAAUUUAUUAGUAAUGUUGGUAAUAGUGUUGCUCAAUCAUCAUUAAUUCAAGCUUCAGCUAAUGAUAUUUUAAAAGCUUUAAAUCAAUCAAAUAUAAUUGUCCCUACAAUUAUGCAAAUUACUGAAAAUCAAAAUCUAGGUACUUUGGUGAAAACUUUAACUAAAAGAGUUUAUGAAAGUGGGAUUAUUAAUGAUUUACCUUUGGAUACUUAUUAUGAAUAUGCUAAAAAAGAAAAUAUUUUAAGUGAUUCAUUACAAUAUAUUUUAACUGAUCCAACUUAUUCUCCAGGAUUAGCUACUUUAUUUAAAAGAAUGGAUGAUGCUGGUGCUUAUCAAAGAUUACAAGAUAAUAUGUAUGGAAUCAAAAAAUAA